GCGGCCGGCAGCGGGGCCGGGCCCCGGAGUGCGCAGCAGACGGGCCGGACAGAGGCCGGGCGGGCCCUCGAGGGGGAGGCCUGGACGCCAUCUCUGCCGGCGAACCCCGGGGCCCACCGACCUCCUAGCAACACCUCCCUUCCCCAGGGCGAUGACAUCUGGGAUACCAAGUUACAUUAAAUACUUGUGUCUCCUUAAGCCCUCUUGGCUAUGACAGUUUCUUAGACUUUCCUUAUUUUUGAUAACCUUAACUUCAGUUUUCCUUCUUACUUUCCUCUUUACCUCUUCCCAUAUUCAAGCAGUGUGCAAGGCCAGGAGAUUCUGGGAGGACUGCCAGAUUUGGGGGUUAAGUGGUGAUGUGUGUAAUUGAUCAAGCCCUAAUGCCGCCUCUGGGAUAAAGGUGUGGAAAUAAGAAUUCUGGUAGACUCAGGAGUGUAGGAACACCAAAAAAAAAAAAAAAAAAAAAAAAAAGACCAGGAAAGAGAAAAACGUAUUGCUUAACGAAUGCCACGCCCCUGCUAUGCCUAGUAACUAGCAUGUAAUGAAAGGGUGUCAGAAUAUCAUUUAAACGCCUGGUCGACAGUGACGUCUUGGGGCUACGCCUGCUUGCUAGCGGUCUUUCGAGAGCUCUUCCCCCUCGGCUCCCCGAGUCUCUGUGAUGCUUCAGCUCUUACAUAUUUUUCCCUACAGCAGAGAAACAAUGAGGGCAGACUAGUUUUUAGUUUCUUAGCUUCCUCUCUAGCCCAAUCCAAGGAACUACAAUUCCCAGAAAACAUCGUGGCGUGACCUGUCUCCUUCUGCGUUCUUAUUGGCUCAUGUUUGUUACUCUCAGCCAAUAGAAGUUAAGCUCUUUGAUAAGUGCCAAAAUGGCGAUUCCUAGGAUCUAGAACUAACUUGUACGCUCAGUUUCACCCACCUCAAAGCUUACCUCCAUCGGCCCCUUCUCAGAGUGAAAUCAUGAAGGUGGUGAACCUGAAGCAAGCCAUUUUGCAAGCCUGGAAGGAGCGAUGGAGUGACUACCAGUGGGCAAUCAACAUGAAGAAAUUCUUUCCCAAAGGAGCCACCUGGGACAUUCUCAACCUAGCAGAAGCGCUACUGGAGCAGGCCAUGAUUGGACCUUCCCCCAAUCCUCUCAUUCUGUCCUACCUGAAGUAUGCCAUUAGUUCCCAGAUGGUGUCCUACUCCUCUGUCCUCACAGCAAUCAGUAAGUUUGAUGACUUUUCCCGGGACUUGUGUGUCCAGGCUUUGCUGGAUAUCAUGGACAUGUUUUGUGACCGACUGAGCUGUCAUGGCAAAGCAGAGGAGUGCAUCGGGCUGUGCCGGUCCCUUCUCAGCGCCCUCCACUGGCUGCUGCGCUGCACUGCAGCCUCUGCAGAGCGGCUCCGGGAGGGGCUGGAGGCCGGCACUCCAGCGGCUGGCGAGAAGCAGCUUGCCAUGUGCCUGCAGCGCCUGGAGAAGACCCUCAGCAGCACCAAGAACCGGGCCCUGCUCCACAUCGCCAAACUAGAGGAGGCCUCAUUGCAUACAUCCCAGGGACUUGGGCAGGGUGGCACCCGAGCCAAUCAACCAACAGCCUCCUGGACUGCCAUUGAGCAUUCUCUCUUGAAGCUUGGUGAAAUCCUGGCCAGUCUCAGCAACCCCCAGCUCCGGAGCCAGGCUGAGCAGUGUGGCACACUCAUUAGGAGCAUUCCCACAAUGCUGGCUGUGCACUCUGAGCAGCUGCACAAGACUGGUUACCCCACAGUCCAUGCGGUGGUCCUGCUCGAGGGCACCAUGAACCUGACAGGCGAGACGCAGCCCCUGGUGGAACAGCUUAUGAUGGUGAAGCGCAUGCAGCAUAUCCCCACCCCACUUUUUGUCCUGGAAAUCUGGAAAGCUUGCUUCGUGGGGCUUAUCGAGUCUCCUGAGGGUACAGAGGAGCUCAAGUGGACAGCUUUCACCUUCCUCAAGAUUCCACAGGUUUUGGUUAAGUUGAAGAAAUACUGUCACGGGGACAAGGACUUCACCGAGGAUGUCAAUUGUGCUUUUGAGUUCCUGCUGAAGCUCACACCCUUGCUGGACAAAGCCGACCAGCGCUGCAACUGUGACUGUACAAAAUUCCUACUCCAAGAAUGUAGCAAGCAGGGGCUUCUGUCUGAAGCCAGCGUGACCAACCUCAUGGCCAAGCGGGCAGCAGACCGGGAACACGCGCCCCAGCUGAAAUCCGGAGAAAAUGCCAACAUCCAGCCCAAUCCUGGGCUGAUCCUCCGGGCAGAGCCCACUGUCACAAAUAUCCUCAAGACGAUGGAUGCAGACCACUCCAAGUCCCCAGAGGGGCUGCUAGGAGUUCUGGGCCACAUGCUGUCUGGGAAGAGUCUGGAUCUGCUGCUGGCUGCUGCUGCUGCCACUGGGAAGCUUAAAUCCUUUGCCCGGAAAUUCAUCAAUUUGAAUGAAUUCACGACACAUGGCAAUGAAGAACUUGCCAAAGCAGCUUCAGUGCGCGCCUUGCUCUUUGACAUCUCGUUCCUCAUGUUGUGUCACGUGGCCCAGACCUAUGGUUCAGAGGUAAUUCUGUCUGAGUCAAGCUCAGGAGCACAGGUGCCCUUCUUUGAGACAUGGAUGCAGACUUGCAUGCCCGAGGAGGGCAAGAUCCUAAACCCUGACCACCCCUGCUUCUGGCCCGACUCCACCAAAGUGGAAUCCUUGGUGGCCUUGCUCAACAACUCUUCAGAGAUGAAGCUGGUGCAGAUGAAGUGGCACGAAGCCUGUCUGAGCAUCUCAGCAGCCAUCUUGGAGAUCCUCAAUGCCUGGGAGAACGGGGUCCUGGCCUUCGAGUCCAUCCAGAAAAUCACAGAUAAUAUCAAGGGGAAGGUGUGCAGUCUGGCAGUGUGUGCUGUGGCUUGGCUUGUGGCCCACGUGCGGAUGCUGGGGCUGGAUGAGCGUGAGAAGUCUCUGCAGAUGAUCCGCCAGCUGGCAGGGCCACUGUAUAGUGAGAACACCCUGCAGUUCUACAAUGAGAGGGUGGUGAUCAUGAGCUCGAUCCUGGAGCACAUGUGUGCUGACGUGCUGCAGCAGACAGCCACCCAGAUCAAGUUCCCAUCCACGGGCGUGGACACGAUGCCCUACUGGAACCUGCUGCCCCCCAAGCGACCCAUCAAGGAGGUGCUGACAGACAUAUUUGGCAAGGUGCUGGAGAAAGGAUGGGUGGACAGCCGCUCUAUCCACAUCUUUGACACCCUGCUGCACAUGGGAGGCGUCUACUGGUUCUGCAACAACCUGAUUAAGGAGUUGUUGAAGGAGACACGGAAGGAGCACACACUGCGGGCGGUGGAGCUGCUCUACUCCAUCUUCUGUCUGGACAUGCAGCAAGUGACCCUGGUCCUGCUGGGCCACAUCCUCCCUGGCCUGCUCACCGAUUCCUCUAAGUGGCACAGCCUCAUGGACCCUCCUGGCACUGCGCUCGCCAAGUUAGCUGUCUGGUGUGCCCUGAGCUCCUAUUCUUCCCACAAGGGACAGGCAUCCUCGCGCCAGAAGAAGAGACACCGUGAAGACAUCGAGGAUUAUAUCAGUCUCUUCCCCUUGGAUGACAUGCAGCCCUCGAAGCUGAUGCGACUGCUCAGCUCCAAUGAGGAAGACGCCAACGUCCUUUCAAGUCCCACCGACCGCUCCAUGAGCAGCUCCCUGUCAGCCUCCCAGCUCCACACGGUUAACAUGAGAGACCCGCUGAACCGAGUCCUGGCCAACCUGUUCCUGCUCAUUUCCUCCAUCCUGGGCUCGCGGACCGCCGGCCCGCACACCCAGUUUGUGCAGUGGUUCAUGGAGGAGUGUGUGGACUGCCUGGAGCAGGGCAGCCGCGGCAGCAUCCUGCAGUUCAUGCCCUUUACCACCGUAUCAGAACUGGUGAAGGUGUCAGCCAUGUCCAGCCCCAAGGUGGUUCUGGCCAUCACGGACCUCAGCCUGUCUCUGGGUCGCCAGGUGGCUGCCAAGGCCAUUGCUGCUCUCUGAGAGGCUUGGAGUGGCUGCAGGGGUCAGCCGGGGGGGCCCACGGCUCCAGGCGCCUCAGAGGGGAACAGUGAGGAAAGAUGAGACAUCAUUGCUCAUAUCCACGUGAUGUAAGAACCCUUUGUCAUUUCCAGAUCAUUCCCCUACUCUUGACAUCUGACCUCUAAGACGUCUCCCAGUUUCUUUCUUUCAUAAUUUCCUCUCCCCCUGCCAGCACCUGAAGAAUGUGAGCAGCCUGGCUCUUAGCCCAGGGCCCUCCACACCCCACACCCCUGCCCUGCCCGCCCCGCCCCCCCCCAACAGUAGAUGUACCUCUGAGGAAUUUUUACAGGUGCAGAGUGUAUAUAUACAUAUAUUUUUGUAACACAUGAGGGAAGUUCACCUCAGCUCAUUUGUAAAUAAAGAUCUUUGUGGGUCCCUG